GAUUAGAUGUGUUUGUUAUUGGAAAGAGUUUCAUUUCUAUGAAUUAAGUACUGUCUAUCAACAGAUAAACAGAUUAACAUAUCUAUUUACCAUUAACAGAUGGUUGUUCUAAGAAUAAGGAAAGCCCACAAAAUAUAUUAUGCACUUCUCUGUUUGAGCAUUGUUGUCUUCAUCAUGUACCAGUACCUGGGUACUGCGCCCGGUGGCAGGAGAAUGAGCAGGAGAGUAGGCUUGAGUGCCAACUCAUCCCAGUUCACCUUGGAGGGAGAACCUUUCCGUAUUCUGGGGGGAUCCGUCCACUACUUUCGGGUCCCUAGAGCCUACUGGAGGGACCGCCUGAUGAAAAUGAAGGCUUGUGGCAUCAACACCCUCACUACAGAUGUACCAUGGAGCUUACAUCAGCCAGAGAGAGGGGUUUUUCACUUUCAAACAGAGUUGGAUUUAGAAGCCUACAUUAACCUGGCUGCUGAGGUAGGACUCUGGGUGAUCCUGCGUCCAGGGCCGUACAUUUGCUCUGAGCUGGACCUAGGAGGGCUGCCGAGUUGGCUUCUUCGUGACGGGAGUAUGAGGUUGAGGACUACUCACCCAGGAUUUGCUGAGGCAGUCAAUACGUACUUUGACAAGCUCAUUCCAAAAAUGGUUCCUCUACAGUUCAAGAAAGGAGGGCCCAUCAUUGCUGUACAGUUGGAAAAUGAAUAUGGAUCAUUUGCAAUGGAUAACACUUACAUGCCUUUCAUCAAGGAGGCUCUAAAGUCCAGAGGAAUCAAUGAGCUCUUACUGACGUCAGAUAACCAUGAGGGGUUAAAGGAAGGGGGUGUGACUGGAGUCAUCAGAACAGUGAAUCUACAGAAACUGAAUCAGGGCGACAUCAAGUAUUUGAAUGCUAUUCAGCCUAAUAGCCCCAUGAUGGUGAUGGAGUACUGGACAGGCUGGUUUGAUGCAUGGGGAGACCUCCACCAUGUCCUCGCCCAAGAGGAUAUGGUUUCUGCUGUGCGGGAGAUUCUGAGACGCGGCAUGUCCAUUAACCUGUACAUGUUCCACGGAGGGACUAACUUUGGUUUCAUGAGCGGAGCACUGAUCAAUCCAAUCUACAAGGCACUAAUCACAAGCUAUGAUUAUGAUGCACCUCUGUCCGAAUCGGGGGAAUACACACCAAAGUAUCACCUUCUCAGGGAUCUAUUCAGUCAGUACCACAGUGAGAAGCUCCCUGAUAUGCCGGCCCUGCGUUGGAAGGAGAGGUAUGAGCCAGCCAUCAUGUACCAGCACCUCUCUCUGUGGGAUGCCUUGAGCUUCGCUGGGGAGCCAUUUAAAUCACCAACCCCAGUCAACAUGGAGAAUCUCCCAGUGAACAAUGGGAAUGGCCAGUCCAAUGGAUAUACCCUCUAUGAGACCAUUAUAACCAGCGGAGGCUCCCUCAAGUCUGGAGACAAUGUACGGGACAGAGCCCUGGUGUUUGUGGACAGACACUACAUCGGCAUUUUCAAGCAUCAGAAUCUGCAGCUAGCGGUGCCUGAUGGAAAGGGAAAGCGGACAUUGAGUUUACUGGUUGAGAACUGUGGACGAGUUCACUAUGGGAAAGCUAUAGAUAAACAGCGCAAAGGUCUCGUAGGUGACAUUCUAUUGAACAACACUCCAUUGAGGGACUUCACCAUAUACAGUCUGGAUAUGAAAACCAGCUUUAUUGAUAGCCUCAACCAGGCACCUUGGAAGUCCCUUCCACACAUUCCCAGUUUCCCUGGAUUCUUCCUGGGAAGAAUGUUUACCUACGGCUAUCCAAGUGACACCUUCGUCAAGCUACCAGGCUGGGGCAAAGGGGUAGUCUUCAUCAAUGGUUUGAACCUGGGGCGCCACUGGUAUAUUGGCCCACAGCAAACACUCUACCUCCCAGGACCUUUUCUCAACAGUGGAGUAAACCAGGUGAUUGUGUUUGAAGAGCAGGAAGCUGACUAUAAGAUCACGUUUGAGGAGACUCCUGAUCUGGGCAUGGCUGUGGACAUUCAGUAACUACAUUCCCAAGCUACUGUACUUUUAAUAAACAAUAAUAAUGGAUAAUGGAUCUUAUUUUUUUAAAUCGUUUUUUCUCUGGGACCCAAAAUGCUGUACAUUGUAUGGGAA